AUGGAUCCCUCGGAGAUUGGCCAGAAGAUGUCUGCCUGUGAAGCCUGUAUUGAAAGUUUAGAUCAUCACAUGUACCAGUUCGCUCAGGCUUUGCAAACACUCCUGGCGAGGACUGAUCCAUCACGUGGUCCUCCACCUGCGCCUACGGCCACAGCUGUUGCUGUUCCACCGCUGGCUGACCCAAGUCUUCAUAACCUCCGUUUGCCUCCUCCUCCCAGAUAUGGAGGAUGGUUCAAGUGGCCAAAAAAUCUCCAAGAUUCCCAGCUGGAGAAUUACAGAAGCCCAACGCCCAGGUAUUACAGAUAUCUCUUGGCUUUUAUUUUUACUGUUAAUGAGAUAAACAGGGAUCCUUUUAUUUUACGCAACCUGACUCUGGGAUACCAUGCGCUCGAUUCCUGCGGAGAUGUGAAUAAGGCCAUAGAAAAUGUGUUACGGAUAUUAUCCGGACCCUCUAGGACUGUCCCCAAUUACUCCUGCAGGAGUCACGGCAAACUGGCUGGGGUUAUUGGAGAUCUGUCUUCAGAAACAUCCUUACAUAUCGCCAAUAUACUGAGCCUAUACGAUUACCCACAGAUCAGCUACGGAGCGACAGAUCCUCUUCUAACAAACAAACAAUUAUACCGGUCUUUUUUCCAGACCCUUCCGAGUGACCGGGUUCAGUUUGAUGCCAUUGUAAAACUUCUCAAACAUUUUGGGUGGAACUGGGUCGGUAUCCUCGCUUCAGAUGAUGAUGUCGGAGAGAGACAGACUCUGGAACUGAAAAACUUGGGUGAAAGACACGGUGUAUGCUUUGAGUUCACACUAAAGAUGCCUCCGCCACAUCCCCAAGACAGAAUAAAAGUAAUAGAGAGACAAAAAGUUAUCCUUAAGAAAGCGACCUCCAAGAUCAUUAUACUUACUGGGACAGUUUAUGGAGAAGGUCUAUAUUUGUAUCUAAAAGAAUAUCCUAUCUUUCAAACCAGGACUUACAUUAUGCCUGCAAGUUGGAAUUUAAUCUUACAUAUGGAUAAAAGUCACCAAUUUCCUUUUGAUGGAGGUUUAGCAUUUGCUCGUCCUACUUGUUACCACCAACAACUUCAGAGUUUUCUAGAGAAUAUCAGUCCAUCAAAUCGACCCAAUGACCUUUUAUUGGAAUACAUACGUUUAUUUUAUUUCAGAUGUUUAACUUCAGACUCUAGAUGGAAUAAGUUCAUGGCAAGAAUUGGGAAUACAUCAUUAAUAAACUGCAGCAGGACGGAUACAAUCACUAGACUUGACACGCAGUAUUAUGUGACUAAGACAUUUCAAACUACAUGCCAUGUGCUUCAAUCCGUCUUUGCUAUGAUUUGGCCUCUCCAUUUACUGCUGUUUUACAUUUCAGAGAAAUUAAAGAGGAAUGAUAAAACAUUAUAUAAAACUAACUAUCGGAGCCCAGUGGAGGUAGCUUUAUACCACUGUAGUGCACAGUUGGCAUUGCGCAUGGUGAUCUUUGAUUUGUGUACAGACUGCUUGCCUAUAGAAACCCAUUUCAUGAAGCUCCUGAGACACAGUGCCUGCGCUGAUGUUGCUUCCGGAGGCAGUUUGGAGCUCUGUUCUGAGCUCUUUAGUAUUACCGUUGGAGACGGCUGCCUAUGGGCUGGGUUUUAUACGCCUGUUAGCAACGGGUGCAGCUGA